AUGGAAGGCACUCACUGCACCCUCCAAUUGCGUAAGCCCAUUACUGAAGUCUGCUACAUCAGCUUCUAUCUUCCAAGGGGGGAAGUCAGAGGAUUUUCAUACAAGGGCACUGUAACUCUAGACAGAGCCAAUAAAGGGUUUCAUAACUGCUACCAAGUCAGGGAGGGGUCAGACGUCAUCAGCCUCAGCCUGCAGCCAAAUGGACAUCCCGGCGACAUAUUUUUCAAGCAAACUCCCACAAAAGACAUUUUAACUGAGCUGUACAAACUUACAGCUGAGAGGGAGAGACUUCUGGCCAAUCUGCUGAGCUCAGACCACAUCCUCGGGAUUACGAUGGGGAACCAGGAGGGGAAGCUGCUGGAGCUGUCCGUGAGCCUGGCCCCGGAGGACGACUCUUUGCAGAGUGCUGGUGACUGGCUGGGGGAGCCCCCUGUGGGCUGUCUCAGUAAGAGGAGUGCCCAUGGGAACCGCAAGCCGCGGAGGUUUGGUGGAAGGAGAGGAAGCUUUGAGGGGCUUCCACAGAAGAGGACGAGAAGGAAAGGGCAUGGGGGCCGACAGUCGGCUCUUCAGAUGGGGAAAGACCAGAUCUGUUCCAGCAAAUCUCUUCCUCUUUCUCGAACAAGGCCUAAUCUUUGGCUUCUAGAGGAAAGAGGCAGCUCACUCCCAAGAGUGGCAUUUACUUCCUCCCCACAGUGGAGAGAGAGCUGCCCCCCAGAGACCCCCAGGACACUGGAUCCCAGCCGUGGCUUUGGGAACUUCAGGAAGGCUUCUGAGGACACGGGGCUUGGACGCGGAAGGCUGCCCCCUGACUGCAGCUCCACAGAGCCAGGAGACAAUGGUGCUGGAAAGCCGGAGAGGGGCCCUCUCAGGCUGCUGCACCAGCAGACAGCUUUGUCUGAAAGUCAUGAGGACUCUGAGAAGCAUCCAGAGGCCAAGAGGGGCCAGAGGGAGAAGUCUACAGAGCAUACAUGCAGGAAGAAGCCUAUUUCCAAAGUGGUGGCCAAGGUCCAGGAUCUGUCUACUCAGGUGCAAAGAGUAGUUAGAACGGGUCCUGAGAGUGAGGAAAGCGUUGCCAUUUGCCCAGCGGCCCAAGCUGAGUUUAUACCCAGAGCAGACUGGCUCACCCUCCCAGAAGCCGAGGCUAGGACUCCUGGUUCCAGGUGGCAGGGCCAGGAGCAGCCGGGCGACAGGCCAUGGCAGCUGUCGGACGGGGAACGCAUUCCAGCCAGUGUCGAGGCGGCUGUGAACAAGGUCCUGCUGAAGGUGAUACAGAGUGAAAAGUUAGAUGAAGCCACUGAGGGGAAAAGGCUGGGCUUCCCCCCAAGCACACCAGGCACCCACACCAUCCCAGAAGCCAGAGGCAAGCGGAAGGCUGGGCUGCCUCUGAGGGAUCACAAAACCUCAUUUCUGGAUCUGCCCCACCUUGGUGGCCCUGACUGGCCACAGCCCGGAGGCCAUGAGAAGAAGCCGUCCCCCUCAGCCCCGGCAGCGCUCACCAUGCUACUGAAUAAUUCAUCCUCCCAGUCCAGCAUGCACAGACGGAUGGCACCUGUUCCCUCGCCUCUCUCUCCAAGGCUCCCCGGCCCGGAGCAGCAUCACGGGGUCCUGCAACUCCCUCCACUGCCGGGUGAGUGGGAAGUGGCUCCUGAUGACUCUGUUGGCCGAAAGAGCAGUGCUUUCUCUGGGUCCUCCUCUGCUGACACCUUGGAGCCACCAUCCUCUGCAAAGGUCACGGAGACCUUCCUCAGAGCAGGCCAACCUCGGUUGGUGCCUGGGGAAUCUUUGGAGAAGAGCCUGGGGCCUGGGAAGACCGCGGCUCGUCCCCAGUACCAGUCACCUCCAGCCAUCUCCUCCGAGGGCAUCCCCCGGGACUGCGUCAGUGAGCAGACAGCAACUAAAGACCUUCCCCCCAGGGAUGGAGGUGCCUGGUUCCUGGGCUAUCGAGCAGGACCAGCCUGUCCGUUUCUGCUCCACGAGGAGAGAGAGAAGCCAAACAAAAGUGAACUGUACUUGGAUCUCCAUCCUGACCACAGCCCUACUGAGCAGGACGAUAGGACUCCGGGCAGACUCCAAGCUGUCUGGCCACCCCCAAAGACAAAAGACACAGAAGAAAAAGUGGGAUUGAAGUACACCGAAGCAGAAUACCAAGCUGCUAUUUUACACUUGAAGAGGGAACACAAAGAAGAAAUUGAAAACCUACAGGCUCAGUUUGAACUCCAGGCAUUUCACAUCCGGGGGGAGCACGCGGUGGUUACAGCAAGACUAGAAGAAACCAUUGAAACUCUCAAACGGGAGACAGAACACCGAUGGCGAGGAGGACGUGAAGAGAUGAAAGAUGCGUGUAUCUCCACGGGCGAUGACUGUCCUCCAAAGACCUACCGAAAUGUGUGCAUCCAGACAGACAGAGAGACUUUUCUCAAACCCUGUGAAGGUGAAGGCAAGACAAUCAGAAGUAACCAGAUAAUACCCAAAAAGCUGACUAUCUCCUCUUUGAGUCAGCUCUCUCCCCCAAAUGACAACAAAGACACCCAUGGACCACUUCAGUCUGUGGAAGGCCUCUCACCAAGUCAGCAAAAGGCAUCGUCUCCGCCUCCUGCACCGCCACCCCCAGCAGUCGCCCCUCCCCCUCCGCCUCCUCCCCUCCCACCUGGACUUGGACCUUUGUCACCAGUACCUCUGCUGCCACCACCUGUGAGUGCUGGACCACCACCUCCUCCGCCCCCUCCUCUGCCUCCCAGUGCCAGCCCUCCUCCCCCACCUCCUCCUCCACCACCACUUCCCAGUUCUCCUGCUCUGCCCACCAGUGGGGGGCCUCCACCUCCUCCUCCUCCAACACCUCCAGGACUUGCACCCCCACCUCCUCCUGGACUCUUCUUCGGAGUUGGCCCUUCUUCUGGCCAGUGUCCUCGGAAGCCAGCCAUUGAACCGAGUUGCCCCAUGAAGCCCUUGUACUGGACUAGAAUACAAAUAAGUGAUAAAAGCCAAAAUGCUACACCAACCUUAUGGGAUUCCUUAGAAGAACCUGAUAUUCGGGAUCCUAGUGAAUUUGAGUAUUUAUUCUCCAAAGACACAACUCAGCAGAAGAAAAAACCUCUGUCAGAGACCUAUGAGAAAAAGAACAAGGUCAAAAAGAUCAUCAAGUUAUUAGAUGGAAAACGAUCUCAAACUGUGGGAAUCUUGAUAUCGAGUUUGCACUUAGAAAUGAAGGAUAUCCAGCAGGCCAUUUUCAAUGUGGAUGACUCUGUGGUUGAUCUGGAGACCUUGGCAGCUUUAUAUGAAAAUCGAGCCCAAGAGGAUGAACUGGUUAAAAUAAGGAAGUACUACGAGACAUCCAAAGAAGAAGAACUGAAGCUGCUGGACAAGCCUGAGCAAUUUUUACAUGAGUUAGCCCAGAUCCCAAAUUUUGCUGAACGGGCCCAGUGCAUAAUCUUCAGAUCUGUCUUUUCGGAGAGUAUCACCUCCUUGCACCGAAAGGUAGAGAUCGUCACAAGAGCUUCUAAGGGCUUGCUGCACAUGAAGAGUGUGAAGGAUAUUUUAGCUCUCAUUCUGGCUUUUGGAAAUUAUAUGAAUGGAGGAAAUAGGACUCGGGGACAAGCAGAUGGAUAUAGCUUAGAAAUUCUACCCAAACUCAAGGACGUCAAAAGUCGGGAUAAUGGGAUUAAUCUGGUGGACUAUGUCGUGAAAUAUUACCUGCGUUACUAUGAUCAGGAAGCAGGAACCGAAAAGAGUAUUUUCCCUCUGCCUGAACCACAAGAUUUCUUUCUGGCUUCCCAAGUCAAGUUUGAAGACCUCAUAAAAGAUUUGAGAAAACUGAAGAGACAACUAGAAGCCAGUGAGAAACAGAUGAUCGUGGUAUGCAAGGAGUCACCAAAGGAGUACCUCCAGCCCUUCAAGGACAAGCUAGAAGAGUUCUUCCAGAAAGCCAAAAAAGAGCAUAAGAUGGAAGAAAGUCACUUGGAGAACGCACAGAAAAGUUUUGAAACGACGGUAGGAUAUUUUGGGAUGAAGCCAAAGUCCGGUGAGAAGGAGAUCACACCCAACUAUGUGUUUAUGGUGUGGUACGAGUUCUGCAGUGACUUCAAGACCAUUUGGAAGCGGGAGAGUAAAGCUAUAUCUAAAGAAAGAUUGAAAAUGGCUCAGGAAUCAGUCAGCAAGCUGACAUCAGAGAAGAAAGUGGAGACAAAGAAAAUCAAUCCCACGGCUAGUCUGAAAGAAAGAUUGCGUCAGAAGGAAGCCAGUGUGACCACUAACUAAUACAGAGCCAUGUGAGAAUGACGGCAGCAAGCAAGCAUUUUCUUGUAUCGUCCUUUGCAACACUAGUGCGGCAGAAAGUUCUUGAAGCAAGAUAUGUCACCAAACGUUUGUUUUGCUCAUCUCUUUCUGAGGUCAUUGCGGUGAGCACCCCGUGCCUUCUUAAGGGAGUCCUUUGUUAAGCCACAGGAACAAUGAAAAACUGUUUAAGGGAACACUACAGGUGUAUUUGAUCAUUGUUUCUUGUAGAGGUCCAAAAUGAUGCCAUUACAAGACCAGAAAAAAAUACCCAUAUUUUCCAAAUGUUUUUAAAAGUGGAGAUUUCAAGCUUUCUAAUCCAAGUAUAUAAACUUGUGAAAGGAGAAAGAUCUUUUAUGACAAUUGCCUUGAGAGGAUUCAAGCCUUGGUCUUUCCACACUGCUGGUGUGACUAUCGAUCUUAACUUUGAUCCUGUUGUGGCAAGAUCCUACAACUUCUUUCUCACCAAAAAUGUUGAAACCUACCAAAACUAUUUUUUAAGACAUCCAAGACUAUGUAUUUUCCAGAUGAGAGAAAUGGUUAUUUUGUUGUUGUUGUU